UUGCGGGGAGGGGGCGUGGCUCGCAGCGGGCCGCCGCCGUCGCGCAGGCGCAGUGCGGGCCGUGCCCCGGCGCCAUCCCGUCAGUGUCGGCGCGGCGCCGUGAGGGCAGGGCCGGGUUGUGGCGGGCCGGGCAGGGCAGGGCCGUGCCGGGCAUGGCGGAGAAGAAGCAGCCGGUGGACCUGGGGCUCCUGGAGGAGGACGACGAGUUCGAGGAGUUCCCGGCGGAAGAUUGGACUGGUUUAGAUGAAGAUGAAGAUGCACAUGUCUGGGAAGACAACUGGGAUGAUGACAAUGUAGAAGAUGAUUUCUCCAAUCAGUUAAGAGCUGAAUUAGAAAAACAUGGAUACAAGAUGGAAACUUCAUAGUUUUUGCUGAUGUGGAACAAACAUUGAACUGUGGAUAGACUGUAUUGAGAAAACAUGGAAAGCGAGAAGACAGUUCGUUAUCUGCUUGGAUUUAUUAUUGUUUUGUAUGAAAAAUAAAGUUUUUAAUCUUAGCCGAAGUCACAUGUUCAGCCUCUGCUAAACUGGUAACUUGUAUUUCGGUUCACAGAGAAUGCUACUAGAGAUCUCUCAGUGGCUGAUGUUACUGCACCAGCUCCAGUGAUGGGGAGUCAAAUAAGCAUGAUCACAAUGCAAACUACUGAACAUCUCUGCCAUAAAUGAUGUGAAGUGUUUAAAAAAAAAUGUUAAUGAACAAAAUAAAAUACUUCUGUAUUCCAGUUAAAAUGCAGCAGAGGUAGAAAGGAUUUUUAGGGAGUAAAGUAAUAAAGCUCAUUUUGCCUUAA